AAGUGUUAAUAACCAGCAAUAACACACAAUUAGUGCGUGGGCAAUGUUGAAAUAUUAGCAUAUUGAUUUAUCCUAACUCAACGUGGUUAAAUAUCUAUGAACACGCCUUUCCAUCGUGGGUGUGUGUGUGUGGGUUUAUGCAUACGUAUGCUUGUAGUAUGUGCGUUGUUCCUUGAAGACAAUUGAGAUGAAAUCAAGGACUAAAAAUAAUCACACCUGCUCUUUACCCAUGCCCUUAUGAUGUAACAUUUCUUCGCACAGAAAUUUUGCAAGCAAAUGUAUAGUAUAUAUUGUAUACGUUCAAAUAAAUCCUUUUUAUGAUUUGAGGAAGAAAUAUUAAUAAAAGUGCAUCUAUUUUUUUUUUUAAAGAUAUCAGCAUGGCCGAAAGUGAACACGCUCAACGUCACGCACUUCCAGCUGCGAUGAUUUCUCGCAAGAAAAUUAGUGUUUGGUCCAUACUUAAGAACUGCAUUGGGAAAGAUCUCAGCAAAAUCACAAUGCCCGUUGUGCUGAAUGAACCUCUGAGCUUCCUUCAAAGGUUAUGCGAGUAUAUGGAGUAUGCGGAGAUCCUGACGCAAGCUGCACAUCAGGAUAAUCCGGCAGACCGCAUGAAAUGUGUUGCAGCUUUUGCUGUUUCUGCAUUGGCUUCCAAUUGGGAUCGGUUGGGCAAACCAUUCAAUCCGCUCUUAGGAGAAACGUACGAACUCCAGAAAGAAGAUUAUCGAAUUAUUUGCGAGCAGGUCUCUCAUCAUCCACCUGUUUCUGCCUUCCAUGCUGAGUCGACAGAUUUUAAAUUUCAUGGCUCAAUUAAUCCAAAGAUCAAGUUCAGCGGCAAGAAUGUUGAAGUCCAUCCAAAUGGAAUUGUUACUGUGGAGUUUCCCAAAUGGAAUGAAACAUACACUUGGAGCAAUGUCAAUUGUUGUGUGCAUAACAUAAUCGUGGGAAAACUUUGGAUCGAGCAACAUGGCACAAUGGAGAUUACCAAUCAUUCAACUGGACAUACAGCCAAGUUAAUAUUUAAAUCAUCUACAUCUGCCGAUAAGGAUCUCCAUAGAGUUGAAGGAUUUGUCAAGGAUGAAAACGGUCAAAAUUUGUUCUUUUUGUACGGUAAAUGGACAAAGUUCUUAAAAUGCUGCCCAUAUGAGAAUUACGAUGAAUAUCGAAAACACGAGAUGAAAAUUAAAGAUGACAAGGAAACUACUGCUUCACCCAAUGCCACACCGAAAAGAAUGUUUUCCAAAUUAAAUAGUUUUAAACUCAACUCGUUUCGCAGCUUGUCCAUACAGGAUCAUGAGAACUACCCACCUGCUGAUAUAGAUGGCGAUUUUCCCAGAAGUGAUUCUUCCUUCUCCCUGGAUAUACCAGACUCCACGUUAUUGUGGAGCUGCAAUCCCAGACCUGAGAAUAGUAGCGAGUAUUAUAAUUUCACAAACUUUGCGAUGCAAUUGAAUGCUAUGGAUAAUAUGAAACCACCAGAUACCUUAUGUCCCACCGAUGCUAGGUUGCGUCCUGAUAUAUUAUGCUUAGAGAACGGCGAUCUUGAUGGCGCGUCCAAAGAAAAGACACGACUGGAAGAGAAGCAGAGAGACUCGAGAAAACUGAAAAAGUCCGAGGAUGGAGGAGAUUUUACUCCUAGGUGGUUUAAGAAGGUCUACAGCCCGUUUACAAAAAGUGAAGUUUGGCUAUAUAGUGGCAGCUAUUGGAAUCGCGACUACGAAACUACGAAUUCAUUAUUUUAGAUGAAAUAUACAACACAACAAAACUUUCUACAGAUUUACACCAAUUACUUACAACAGACAAAAAACACAUGAAAAACAUACGAAAACUGUCAAAUUUGUUAGUAAUUAUAAUACGUACGUACAUAUAUUAUGUAGUAUAUAUAAACCUAUUACUGAACAUUAUAAAAUAAAGUCGCUUUUGUUUGGUUUAAACUCUGUGUGCAAUUUUAAUCGGGGUCCAAUUAUCCAAUAUACUGCUGAAAGCUUAAUAAAAUUUGAGAAGAUUCUAUCAAUUGCUUUGCACUCUAUUUACUUAAUUUAUUUAGUUAUAUCCACAUGAUUUGGUAUGGAGAAUAAAAUAAGAGGUAACUUUAGCUACACAUAUAUGUAUAUUUGGUUGUAUAUGUAUGUUGGUAUAUACAUAAAUAAAUAAUUGGCAAUGUUAAAAGUAAACAGUUUGACAUAAUUUCAUACAUUAUGACGUUCAACAAUAAAUCGGUUCUAUACAUAGAAUAUACGGUAAAAAUAACCCAGAUAAAUCAGUAUACAUUCGUUUCAAUUUGUUUUUACAGUUUACAAUUGGAUUGUUGAUAGAUUCGAGAGUUUUGUAGAGAUUUCAGAUUUACAAAGUACUGGCUUCGAUAUGUGGAAUGUUAUGUAGUCCGGUAUCUGGAUUGGCCCAAUAAUAGUUGGGAGCUCCUUGACUGAAGCAAUAUUUCAUGUCUAGGGGCUCGCCCUCUUCAACGUAGUACAUCAGGUAAAAAUUGCACAUUUCAUCUUCACUUGUUGGACUGGAAUUCAAAGUGGUAAUUAGAUGAUAUUUCAAAAAUGUGCAUACUUUCUUACCCGAUGCCUGUGGCACGAUGUCUAGUACUUUUCAUGGUACAUCUAGCCGCCACAUAGUCUCCGGUAACUAUGGGCGACGUGUUC